CCUUGUUACAUUUGUCAGUUCAAAACAGUGUAACUCAAAUGAGAAAAAAGAAUAAGGUUGAGUAACUGCUCAUAUAUUUUUCAUACAUGUAUACACUACCUACCCCUAAGUUGAUUUCAGUUGAAUCACUGUUGGCAGACAUAUAAAGAAUAUAUCUUUUACACAUCUGUUGCAAGGAACAGCAGUUAGUAGCACGAGAUGAUUGGGGAUCUUACAUAUGUGUUGUCUCUGCUAGUCUCUAUUCUUAAUGAAAAUUUUAUAUGUAUAUGUAACACACUGUCAGGAACUUUUAAGUAAAGUUGCAUAUUAUUAAUCAUCGGCUAUAUUUCCAACUCUGAAUUGAACAGAGGUGAUAUCACAAAUGGACCAGAAGAGGUGACAUAUUUUACAGGCCCUGCACAAGCAGCAUGGCAUACAUAAGCCAUGUAUUAUUGGUCAAAUCUCCUUAUUUUAGGUACAAGAAAUAUGUGAUGUUGGAUCCCUUGGGUGUGGUCACAAAGACACGUACAGCCCUGGAGGAAGAGGAGGAAGGUCUGGCAGCGGCCCCCAGUACCAUUAUGCUGGGAGAACAAAUGCAGAGACAACAGAAAGAAGAUCUGUUUUACAGACCAGAUCUGGGUGAAGUGCCAGAGAUUGCUGCUCCUGUUAACUUACCUGAUUUGCCAGGUAUUGCCGAUGACUUACUUUGGACAGGUGACUUGGGUUCAUCCAUUGCACCCUCAUUGCCAGGCAGUGCUAUCCCAGACCUGCCAUCAGUAGUGCCAGAACCAUCAUCAGAACUGCCACCCCCAGGGGCCCCUGGUGAAACAGGGUCAGCCCCACCACCCCCUCCUGCCCCUCCUCCUGGCCCCCCUCCUCCCCCAUCCCCUCCACCCCCAUCUGGAGCACCGCCACCACCACCCCCUCCCCCUCCACCACCACCACCCCCAGGGGAUACUGGUGGGGCACCCCCUCCACCCCCUCCCCCUGGGGAUGUCCCUCCUCCACCCAGCAAUAUCCCUGCAGAGGUCACAAAUGCUGGAGAUGGGCGAUCUUCGCUUAUGGAUGCCAUUAGGAAAGCAGGGGGUGCUGGGAAGGCUAAACUGAGAAGUGCCAAAGAAAAAAAGAUUCACACGAAGAAGAAGAAACAGGAAGAAAAGGACAUUGGAGGUGGAGGAGGUGGAGACCUCAUGAGCAGUUUGGCUGCAGCAUUAACCAUGAGAAGGAAAGGCAUAUCAGGCACUACAAAACCUGGCGCAGAAGCCAACAAGAACUCUGCCGAGUCCGGUAGUAGCUCAGCUAUGGACAAAAUAUCCAUGAUGAUUCCCCCACCACCUGGGGAAUCCAAGGAUGAUCAGGAAGAUGAUGAUUGGGAUUAAAAGAAUAACUUUACCAAUUUUUGACAAAAUAUCCAGGACGGUCCCUUCACCAAAGUUGAUCAAGAGGAUGAUAAAAGGGAUUAGAAAGGAUAUGUUUGAUGACCUGACCUUCAAAAGAAUGACGAACAAUCCAAAGACAGUGAAACUGAGCCAGUAAAAGUAAAUUUACCAUGGAGAAGAUAUUGACUAUGAUAUAUCUGCUGCCCAUGAAGAUCUAAGAUUUAAUUAGGUAUCUCGUGAUAAGGAUAAUAUUGACUGUAACAUUUAUUGAUUGUAAAUCGAAUUGUGAUCACCAGAAGAAAAGAAACAAACCUUAAAAAGUUUGUGUAGACUGGCUUCAGUGUUGUCAGGUAAACUGGAGAUGAUACGUCCACUCAUGGAAUUUGAAGGUGAGCAGGAUUGAGAAAUGGAUAGGAUGAAUAAAAUCACACAUUCUCUUCUCCUUAUCUGAUGCAUAAUAAUGAAAUACAGAAAAGUACAAGAGGGGAAAGGUGAUCAAAAGACAAUCUGAAUUCCCACCAGGAGAAGUGUUUCUUUCCCACAAUUAGAUUGAUUAAAUUUGCCUUGUGCAUUUUAAGGGCAGCUAAUUGAAUAUUAAUUUUGAAUUUGAUGGAUUUGUUAUAUUGUAGUUGUGUUUUUGAACAAUGCCUUAAAAGUUAGAUUUCUAAAUGAAAUAUCUGGGAUUCUGAUUUGACUUGUCAUGGAAAAAAAACAGGCUUGAUGUCAUCUGUCUUGGUAUUCUUUAAAUACAUAUUUUAAAACCUUUAGUUAUGACUAUCUGAAAAAGAUGCUCAACUUAAAUCUGAUAGAUGUCAUUCUUGAAAUAUUGUUCCUUAAUUUUGGUCACAUACGCCAUAAAUAGUACAGUACACAAAUAUGGUAAAUGCUGCAUCCCCCUUUAAUGCAACAAGUUUGCUUAAUUUUUUCCAUUUACUCAAGAAAUCCAUUAUAACUCUGAAGUAGAACUACCUGCUAUCUCAGAUUCUUCUGAACAUACUUGUACCUAGAGGUCCGAGUUUUCUGCAAGUUUUGAAAAUUGUCAAAUCAUAGAUUGAAAAAAUGCUAUUAAAAUAAAAAAAAAUUGCAGUUUAUUGAGUUUUAACUGAAAAAAUCAAUUUUGGAUAGUACAAAAAAGUUUAUAUAAAUAUAUAAAGCAUGAUCUAGCAUAGAUUAUGGUCUUAUUUGCGGGAAUGUGAGGCCUGGUAAGACAUGGUAUUAAACAAUGACGUAAUUUAUAUUUUUGACCAAAUGAAUCAGAAAAAAAAGGAAAUCAACAAUGAAAUAAUGUGGCAUGACAGUGAUGGUGCAAUUUUUGAUUUUACCUGGAGAUACAUUGGCAUUCAGGUAUAAAGUUAUUUAAUUAAACAGUUUUUGACUUAUGUUGUUUGUGAUUGUCAUUUUGCUCAAGGCACUGGUUCAGAAAAUUAUGUUGACUUUCAAAUUGGUUGAUGUCACUUUUUUCUAAGCUUUUGCAAAACAUAUAUUGACUGCAUCCAAAGUCAAUUACUGUAUACAGUAUUGUUCAGUUUCUAGUUAAGGAAGCAAGGUUGAUCAAGUUAAAUGAUUGCACAAAUUACUUGCUGAUAUGUACUAGAUUUCUUUUCAAUUUCAUAUUGGAAAAGUAAAAUAUUUUCUUUUUUUCCUUUUUUGGCUCUGUUUGAUUGGCAAAGAGCAGGUUGCUUUCAAAAAUCAGCAUGAUCAGUUAACAUUUACGAUCAUUAUUCUAUAUAUAUUGUACAAUUUUGGUGAUGUUCUCCCCAUAACUUCCAAAUCAUAUUUUUGUUUUACUUUAAAUUUACGGAGUGGCUUUGUUUGGUAAAUUGUUUACUAUCUACAUUUGCUACCCUAUACCAGUGGGACUGAUAGAUUUUUACAGAUAUUCACAGAUAUGUCUCUAGCUAGAUAGAUGGUCAUUUUGGGCUGAAGUUACCAUGUUGAGGGAUCCCAUGUGGAAACAAUUAUCUCUGCUCGCGCGCCAAAGGCUUUGUACUUGCUCUGCAUGAGCUGAGCUUCACAACGCUGUGUUAACUGCUCUUUACUCAACCAGUCUAAGGCUUUUUUAUCUAUCACAGAAGAGCAAGUGAUUGAAGUCAGAGCAAUUAACUGUCUUGAUUGC